AUGGAGCCUAUUAGCAUGUUUAUGAUGAAGAUGAGAUCUAGGUUACUGGUUGAGGCAGAUCUCCCUGGAAAGCUCUUCAUCGGUGGGCUUAAUACAGAAACAAAUGUGAAAGCCCUUGAAGUGGUAUUUGGCAAAUAUGGACAAAUCAUGAAAGUACUGUUGAUGAAAGACGGGGAAAUCAACAAGUCAAGAGGUUUUGCUUUUGUCUCCUUUGAAAGCCAAGCAGAUACUAAGGAUGCUGCCAGAAACAUGAAUGAAGAGCCCUUGUAUCACAUGGAAAAGACUGUUACAGUGGCCCACCUUGAAGGGAAUCCCUGUCCUCUAGCAGAGGUGUUUAUUUGUCACCAAGAGUUGAUGGAGACUCUACUAAAGACAGCUAUUCAAGCAGAGAUUGCCCAAGUUCCCAUGAUACCUGAGAUUACGCCCCAACAAGAGACUAUACUUACAGUGAUUAUGGUCAUUCCAGUUCAUGUGAUGACUGUCUAUCCAGAGGCUCUAGUGAUAGAGACGGUUGUGGUCGUGAUCAGGACUAUUGACAUCAUCCAAGUGGAGGUGCCUAUUGAGAUUCCUGUGAGAGCUGUGGUAACUCACGUAGUGCUACACCUACACGAGGGCCCCCCGCCAUCUUAUGGUGGAUGCAGUUGCUAUGAUGAUUACAGUGAUGGAUAUGGUGGAAGUCGAGACAGUUACUCAAGCAGCCAAAGUGAUCUUUGCUCAAGUGGUCGUGAUUGUGUUGGCAGACAAGAAAGAGGGCUUCCUCCUUCUAUGGAAAGGGGAUAUCCUCCUCCACAUGAGUCCUUCAGCAGUUCAAGCUGCGGAGCACCAAGAGGUGGUGGCCGUGGAGGAAACCGAUCUGAUAGAGAAGGAGGCAGAAGCACAUACUAG